AUGGAAGAAAACUGUGUUUUUUUCCUGACUAAUUGGGUCACUUUUCUCUGUUUUGCUAGUGAGGCUGCUCUUCCACCUAAGAAUUGUGUGUCACGAGUGCUGUGUGUGAUGAGAUUGUCGCCUUCGUUUGCGAGGCUCAGAGGGGACGCCGUGUUGACGCUGCUGGGCAAGUACACCGCCGCGAUACGGUGCAGCGAGGAGAUGCGCUCGCUGCAAAAACAGACGCCGGACUCAACCCACACCGAGAACGACGACACAAAUCAAUCCGUGUCGUCCAUCGAAGACGAUUUCGUGACCGCGUUAGAACACUUAGAGGAAGACGAGCCGGGGAAAACAACCCAUAUCGAAACCGAGAAGAGUCCAGAGUCAUCUCCAAAGUCCACCUUUGCUCAUCCUCUCAAAUCUAAUGAUCAAAAGUCCUUCGUCAGUUCUCUGUAUCGGAGGCCAUCGGUCAAGUCCUCCAUCUCCUUGGUGAACAUCUUAGAACUUGAAGAAUUGUCAUCUUCCGCAAGAAAUCCGGUCUCCACUUCCAUUUCUGAACCUUGGAUGCAGAGAAACUUUUUCAGGCCCCACAGUUCUUCGGAUCGCGGCGUUAAUUUUUUGCACAAAACCUUAUUUUCUUCCUCCCCGGCCGAUUCGUCCGAGUCGGACUGUUCUAGCCCAAGCCCUGUCAUCUUCUUGGAUGAAGAAGGCUAUCAGAAAAGUUUGAAGGCCAAGCUUCAGCUGCCGAAAAUCCCAGUAGGGAAAGAUGGCGUUGAGGAUUCCGACUCUGAAGUCAGCGAGUUUUUUGAUAGUUUUGACCAAUUUGACGAACGCGAACAAACUUUGGAAAAUAGUUCUACAGGUUCUAGAGAUCCCGCCACCGUAAGUCAUACGUCGCAGAAAAGCAUCGUUUCGUGUCAGAAGUCCUGCUCCACCUCAGCAUCCAUGAACCCUCAAAAAUUCAAAUGUGAUCGCCCGGUUCUUCCAGCCAACGUAAGGAAGCCGACUCCUCGCAAACCGGAGUCUCCGUACAACAAUCUGUUGGACGUCCCAGAUUCUCCCCGCCUGAUCAAAAACCCAGCGGACGAUCACGCGGCCUUGUUCAGCCCAAUCAGAUCUUCUGCUUUCAGUCCUCCGGGCAGUUGCUUUUCCGCCGAAUGCCUCUGCCAAGUGAACCGAGAUGCCUUCAGCCAGAACCACAACAUCGUCUAUCACACCUACUCGGAUUUUGCAAAUAAUAUUUCCUUUGAAAUUCUGGGCUCUGUGUGUAAUGCUAGGCCGCCCUCGUUGUGUAGAUGCACACAGGAGAUGAUCGGCCAGGGUAGGGUUGUCCCAGAAGAACAGAAAGACCGGACGGCAAAAAUCCAAAGAGACAUAUCUAGAAAAGGACUUCAUAAGAAAGAUAGAUCCAAACACAAGUCGGGAGUGAUUAAAGAUCACAUCCAGAGAUUUGCUUCGGAGCUGGUGGAAACGAGUUUUGGAAGCGCGUUUAAAGAUCUCCAGAAGAGUGUUUCUUCGUGUACCAAUGCGUUGUGUCAGUUGGCUGCUAAAUUGACUUCUUCGGUCUUCCAGAUGGCCUUCUACGAGAUUGGAAGGCAGCAAGCUCUUCUGCUGAAGAAGAAAGCUAUUAAUGGUUUGGCAGGGUUCUUGGUGAGCGAAGCCGUCACUGGAGCAUUGAAAGAACUGUACUCUGUGAAGCAACAAAUGUUUACCAACACCGUUACCAAAUUUGCAGCGAACCUUGCCGAGGAGCUGAUAUUUGAGGGGAUAAUGGAAGUCUGUCAGUUUUCGCAUCCGCCGACGCCCACGGCAUCUCAUCAGGACUCCUUCCGUUAUAACGAUCGAGUCGUGUGGUCUUAUGCCCAGGACUUGUCUGAAUCCGUCAUCCAGGAUGCGUUCAUUGAGUUAUCACAGGUCGAUGUGAGCUUCACGUCGCAAGCAGCCAUAAGCGUUUCCACGGACAACGUAAAAUGUGUAAGCAAGGAGAAGGUUCUGGAGUUAACCCACACAUCCAAUGGGUCUUAUGAGCUUGGUGAGAAAGUGCCGGUAGCCUUAAACCCUGUUUGGGAAUUCAGAAAGGAACACACCAUUAAUCGAGCCUUGUUCUACACAACGGGCAUUGCAAGUUCGAUUCCGGUGCCCUUGGCUGGAAGCAUCCUUUCUCAGCACCAGAUUUUAUGGAAGGAAGACAACGUCAAGAAUCCACUGCCAUCCGAGACCAAGCUCUCCUACGUCAGAGGGUCCCCGGAAAUGUGUUGCGCCACCAAAAACAAUCGAAGUGAAGUGUCCUCACUUAGAAAUAUCUACCUGACCACUGAUUUCACAGCAGGCAAUGAACACGAUUCUCCUGACCACCCUGAGUCCGGCAAAUUUGCAGAAAUAUCGAGCACCAAUAACUUUUCUGGCACGAUGGUCGAUAUGAUCGUAUCGGAAGUCUACGAAGCCGUCACUUCUUCCCGGGUUUCUAAAUCGGCAGAGACAUACACAGGCGUGCUGCAAAUGAAUGAUGCCCCCUGUUUGCAGUGCAUCGGGAAAGACUCCUGCAAGAAUAUGUUUGCAAAUUAUCUGGCCAAACGGAUCGUAAAGCAGUCCGUCGACGAGACGAAAUCGGCGUGCUCGGCUACCAGUGAAAAAUUAGCCUACUGUGUUGGGUUGGGAACCCACCGGAGAAGCGGUAAGACGGAAUCUCAGGGUGCGGCCAAACAAGGUGAGAAAACGAAGAAUAUCCCAGUUAUCGUGGGUCAACAGCAGAUGCCUUUAAACAACAUAUCGAAAUUUCACAUCUCUACCGCGGCUUCGAAUCGAUGUUUGCUGUUGGGAUCUAAAGAGGGUGUUCAGGAAAGAAAGAACUGUGUGGCCUGCAAGCCAUCUGCAAGUAUAAUCUCUCCUACGAUGACAUUUGUCAAAUCUAAUGAGCAGGUUCCAGAUGCGGAAGACAGUUCAGCGAUACCUAUCAGUAAUUUACCUGAAAAGCAGAGCACGUCUAAAGCCCCAGGAGGUUCUGCGUUUGGUCACGAAAUGCCUUUUCCGGAAAUAAGUAACUCUUCUGUGGUGCCCACGUGUGAAGAUGCACUUCAGCUGGAAGAUAAAUUGAGUGUCAGAGACACAAAUCUUCUCGUGGUACCAGAAACACCUCCCUCCACACCGUUAAUGCCUUCUCAGGCAAGUUCGGAGUGGAAUUUAAGGAAAUUAACCAAAAAACUGAAAGGGGAAUUAGCCAAGGAGUUUGCGCCUGCUACUCCUCCUUCUACUCCUUACGUGCCGGAAACAGAUGGAAUAUACACUCCGGAAUGUGAAAAGUUAGAAAAAGAAGAGUUUAUGUUGAAAUUAAUGCGGUCUCUCUCCGAAGAAGUGGAAAACAAGGAAGUUGAAGAACAUCCGGAAACAUCGUUAGAGCAAAUUCAACCUUUAGGACCAACAGUAGAUUAUGCCGAUCAUCUAGCUACUCGUAUCAUCUCUAUGGCAACUGAGCAGGCCGCUUCACGUUUAGAAGAUAAAGCUACUCAGAUGGAGAAGAAGAGAUACUUUCAAGUAAGCACGGAAGACCAAAGAGGCGGGCAUUCCACAUUUGUUAACGUUCCGGAAAAACACCCACCCACUUUGUGGAUUUACGCUGGCGAAAUGGCUGGGAGGGUCAUCCGAGAAGCCAAGAAAAGGCUCAACUCAAGACAUUGUAAACUUCUGAGUCUCCGUCACGUUAAUUACGAGGGCAGUUGCUUCCACCUGAAAAGAAACUAUCACGAAUGUUGGUCCAAAGACCAAAGACCGAAGCCAUGUUCUAGAGAACCAGACCCGUGCGCUCUUCCCGUGCCCCUGAAUUCGGAAACUUCGGGGCUCACCUCCAAAUAUCCCAGCUGCGAAAGCGUGACGGAUGAAUACACCGACCACAUCAUCCGGGUUUUGAAACAGGAAGGCGGCCACGGGGACCUCAUCAUGGAUAAUUUUGCCAGCAGGCUUGCUUACAAAACGGUGAGGUCUGGGAUGCAGCAAGCCGCCAGGAAACUCCGGGCGAAGCCCAGUAGAAAGAUUUUUCCAGAAAAGAGCUCCAAGCUAAACAGCAAGCUUGAGUUGUUCGAGGCCGCAAACCAGGACUUCGAUCAAAAGAGUCAGAAAAAUGGUGUGAUGCUUCAUCUCACAAAGCCUUGGAGGAGUAGGUGUCCCUUACAUGGGCCCGAACGCUCCAAGUUGCUUGACUUCUCAGAAUCUCUUGCUUGUACGAUCACCUCUGAUGCCAGAAGGAUGUUCAUGUCCGCGGCGAGUUUACCCAAAUCUUUCACGGAUUCUUGCUUGUACCAACCGCCGAGAGACGACAAAGUCACCGAUUUCAAAACGACGUGGAGUCAAAGACUGUCUUCUUCCCGUUGUAAGCAGAAGCUGUAUCACAGCAUGGAGAGUUUGAGGGACUCCACCUACCAAGGGAACAUUUUACGAGCCGUAGACCAAUACGCGAAGAAGAUCGUAGAUGAUACUUUAGAAGUGAGCUUAGGAUCAGCUACUCGGCAAGCUCCGGAAGGCUGGACAAAUGGAGAGAGGUUAACCUAUGAAGAAAAAACGAUCCCGUUUUCUAUAGCUGCCUGCAAACACUGCAGUUUGAAAGAACACCGAACCUGCAUUGGCGGUUCGUCUCUGCCGCUAGCUGGACGAGAUCUUCCUUCUAACGUUAGGCAGUCUUCGGAUGGGAGUGUAAGCAUCACCUUGCCGAAAUCUUACGUGCUUCAUUUGGACAUUCCCAAAAUUCACGUCGAUAUGGAGGAGAAGGUCCUGUUUGCUGAAAACCUUGCGCCUGUCACGUUGGACCGAGCGAGGCGGCAGCUCAGCAACACCAGUUUGACAGCGGAUAGCGGGAUCAGUCAAGAUGGAAUCAGUUUCGCCGAAAGUCUAAGCACAGAAAUUAUGACUUCCUGCAUGACAAAUAUUGCUCCGGCCAUCAGUAUAAGCGCCAUGGAAACGGAGGGUCCGAAUUCUGCUGAGUCUGUGGUCAGCCAGCAAACUGGAGAGGACAGCACCGGCAGCUGGUCCAACUUGAGUUUCGAUGAGGAACAUCCAGACGAGAGCAGCAGCUUUCUCCACCUCAGUGACAGCGAUGGAGCAGAAGACAAGGAGGAAGAGCUCAACGCUUCCAUGGAAGCUUUCGAAGACCUUGCAGGAGAAAGGCUGGCGUGUGGGAGACCUCUUCCAGGCAGUCCUGAAAUACUGUGAAGCCAUGGAGAAGUCUAGCGAUGGGGACAGGACCCUGGGAAGCCCAACCCUCUUCAGGUGGCUUCAGGAGAACGUCUGAACGAUCCGGAGAAGUUUCUCCUUGAAUUCAACUCUUGAAUCCUCAUGGGGGAAAAACGAAAGAGAGAGAGAGAGAGAAAGAGAGAGAGAGAGAGAGAGAGAGAGAGAGAGAGAGAAUGUGUGCUAACUAGCAAAUGUAACAUAAUUUGCGUUGUGAGGAGCAUUAUGCCAGAAGUAAAUAUUAAGCGUGCUGUACUGUCAAGUGGCUUUGUGAAACUGUGUGUGGUUUUAAUCCUCUGUGUGUGUGUGUGUGUGUGUGUGCGUGCGUGUUUGUGUGUGUGUGUGCGUGAUCUGAAUGAGGGUCUCCACUUGUUCUUCUCCUCAUCCGUCUGCAACUCUCUUCUGUCGCGGAGAUGAGAAGCCUUUUCGCUUUCUAUCGUUGAGUGAGGAUUCCUGCCAAACUAGGACAAGGAAUGUCGUAUCAUCUCAGUCUAGGUCCAUUAUUUGCGUCUCUGUCCGUCGUCUUUGCCAUUUUUCCUUGCCCCUCUCCUUGGAACGAGCUGCAGGCCAAAAAUUGGGGUCCAGCGAUGGUCAGCUGCUGCCUUUUUUUCCUCUGAGGGUCUUGGGGGGGGCUGUAGAUUUGCUCACUCAUUUCUUUGCCCCUUCCACCGACUUCAGCCAAGUUCUGCUGAUGAAGCUGAAGAGAGGACCAAAUUGCAUCAGAAUUGGGGGUAAAGGAAGGGGUCAGGAUCAAAGUGUAUAAAUUUAUUACUUGCAACCAAGUAUUCUUCAUUUCCAAGUGAAAGGCCGUGGAAGGCCGUAAUUCUCAAUAUUGAGUAUUACGAUUGUAUCGGAGAAGGUGGGUUGAAGAUUUAUGUUCCCCAUCACUAUAAUACUUUAAUAUUUCCAAAUGUUAGGUACCAAAAUACUACACUCCCUCCAGAAUACUUUUCCUUUUUCAUCCGUUCUGUAAAAUCUUCUCUCUUCAUAAAACAAAUAGUUACAGGAAAGAAGAGUAGGGUAGGCCAGUAGCCAAAAGGUUGAGUUCUCCAAUCCAGGGGUGGGUUCCUAUUGGCAUUACUGCUGAUAACAAAUUUUGCGUGCGCAUUUACACCUAAAAAGUUCUGACGUAAGAAAAGGGGGAAGAAAAUUACAUUUCUGCAAUGGAGAUUGUGCUGCGCAUGCGCAGAAGGAAAAAUAAAGAUGGCGGCACCGACAAUUGAACUGGUUUAAGUGCGAGGGCGGCCAAGUUACUCUGUACUCGGCCGAACUGGUCCAAACUGGUAGGAACCCACCUCUGUUCCAGUUGCUUUGUUUCUGGUUUAUACCGUGAUGUCAGGAAACAUGUUUAAUGUUGUCUCGUCGAAACAUCGCCCCCAAACCAAUGUUGUAUGUCUAUAGGUCUUUUUCUUUAUAUUCAACUGCAUUCUGUUAAAUUGAGAAUGCAGGAGAUAAGAAUCAUUGGCAUAAAAUAGUGUUGAUCAACUUUGGCCACUUGAAGAAGGAUGGACUUCAACUCCCAGCAUAGCUGGCUGGAGAAUUCUGGGAGCUGAAGUCCAGGCAUCUUCCAAGUGGCCAAAGUUGAUAAAUGGUGGCAUAAAGACACAUCGGCAUUACAUAACCGCUUCGGAGAAAUGGUCACAAAUCCAGGAGAUCCCUCCCAUUUUGUGAUGUGGAUCUAGUUGAAUUAGUUUGCGCUUUACGGAGCAGAAAAGAGGAAGGUAUGACUUCCUGAGAUCAUAUCACCGCAUCCUUCAUGGAGGGAGAAACCAACAUUUCAAGCUGUAGAACUCUUCUGUGGGGGGUCAUUGAUGCUCUUUAGAAAACGGGGAAUUUCCCCAUCGGCUUCUAGGAAGGGUACAAAUGAGGACGAAAUGGGACAACUUGUAUGGUCAACUUGCCUUGGCCAACCUGCCCCAGGAUAACUCGCUGCGGGACAAGUCAGCAAUUCAAUUAUUUAAAAUAAUUUUAUUUUUUGUCAUUCACAUUUUAUUUUGUCCCCCCCCCCCCUUGGGCCUCCUUUCUUUAAUGAUUCCAUUCCACUGUUUCUUCAAUGUUAAUGCAAUUCUUGUCCCACGGCAACUUGGCCUUGGCGAGUUGGCCCUGGCGAGUUUGGCAUGGCGAGUUGACCAUGGUGAGUUGACCAUGGCAUGAUGGCCAUGGUGCAUUGGCUAUGGUGAUUGGCCUUGGCUAGUUGGCCGUGCCAAGUUGGCCGUGGUGAGUUCACCAUGGCAUGUUGGCCAUGGUGCAUUGGCUAUGGUGAUUGGCCUUGGCUAGUUGGCCGUGCCAAGUUGACUGUGGUGAGUUGACCAUGGCAUGUUGGCCAAGGUGCUUUGGCUAUGGUGAUUGGCCUUGGCUAGUUGGCCAUGCCAAGUUGACUGUGAUGAGUUGACCAUGGCAUGUUGGCCAUGGUGCAUUGGCUAUGGUGAU